CUGAUAUCGUCUCAAACAAACGCGAACACGAAAAAGAAUACAAAGUGGUCUAUUGGUGUUUUUAAUGAAUGGAGAAUCGCAAGAUCUAAACAUGGCGAUAGUAUUGCUGACAUACAUAUGCUCGAAGCUGCCGAAAUGAACCACUGGCUACAACGUUUCGUGAUUGAAGUGCGUAAUAAGAAAGGCGAGGAAUAUCCCCCCCAAGUCACUCUAUAGCAUAAUAUGUGGAUUAUUGCGCUAUUGCAAGGACAUGAACGUGAAUGAUAAGAACUUUCUUGACGAAAAAGACUUGAGAUUUGUUACUUUCAGACGCGUCCUUGAUUCUCGGAUGAAAGAAUUGUUAUCAAAAGGGUUCAGAACAAAAGUUAAAAGAGCUGAUCCUCUCAGUCUACAAGAUGAAGAAAAUUUGUGGCAAAAGGGGGUUUUUGGAAUGACGAAUUCUGUAUCGCUCCAGCAUACUGCUUUUUUCUAUGCAUGCAAACUUUUUGGUUUGCGAGGACGAGAUGAACACCGUAAUCUAGACUGUUCCCAAUUAGAAAUUGGGACCGACCAAACUGGAAAGUAUGUGCGCUUCAUAGGGAGGAGUACAAAAACUUUCAAAGGAGGUUUAUCCCAUCUUAGUCUGGAUAACAAGGAUAUCAAACAUUACUCCGAAGAAGGUCCUCGAUGCAUUGCUACACAUUUUCAGAAAUAUUUAGAGGCGCUCGGUAAUGAUGGCAUCUUUUACCGUAAACCACGCAAGGGAAAUUCUGAGCAAACUAUUAGAUAUGGAAAGCAGGCUGUUGGCAUUAACAAAUUGGACCUUUUCAUGAAGGAAAUUUGUCAGAAAGGUGGUAUUCAGGGCAACUUUUCAAAUCAUUCAGGCAAGCGUACAUGUGCGACUCAACUAUACCAAGCAGGGAUCGAGGAACAGGAGAUAAAGGGUAGAACGGGGCACAGAUCAAAUGCUGUCCGAACCUACAAAACUUCAAAUGAAACCAUACAGAAAAAGGUUUCAAAUGUGCUUAAUCCUCCUCUAGAUGCCACCGAAACUGCAGAAGUAUCCUUUUUCGAUGAAAAUUCUAGUGAUGAACCGACUAUUGAAAAUACGAGUGUGUUAGCCACACCACCGAUGAAACGUCAACGGACCACACCAGAAAUGCUUAAAGACGUUACAAAUACUAAAGGGGGUCAAGGUGAAGGAGGAAGAACAGAAGCCUUUCGAAAGUGGUUUGGUAAUAUUGGGGAAUUGAGAUCUCUAUUUCCAGAGGCAACACAGAAGCAGCAGACCAGAAGUGAAGGAUAUUUUAAAAACAGGCAUUACUGGUGUAACCCCGCCGACUUUGAGGAUGAAAAAGUAGUUGAAGAAGUCGUCGAAGUCGAGGAGGUGUAUUACGUGGCCCUUACACCUAGGGAAAUGUCACAACGACAACGGGAGGAGUAUGUUAAGCGACACCCAUUCACUUGA